UUUUGACCCCGUUCUUACAUCUUCAAUAGUAUCUGAGUGCUGUACUAUCAUUCUCACAACAGUCUUUAUAGCCCCGUAGUAGCCAAGAUGGGAAAGAGAGUACGCCAUUUCGUCGGGGUGGAGAGCUCUGAGCAGCUCGCUUUCAUCGAUGAGCUUCAGGCGCUUGGACUCAGUAACACCAUCAAGCUCCCGGAGCUUGUCGUCGUCGGUGACCAGAAUACCGGCAAGAGCUCUGUCCUUCAGGCGAUCACCGAGGUUUCCUUCCCAGUUAAGGACAAUAUGUGCACUCGCUUUCCUAUUCAGAUCUCGUUUCGACAGACAUCCGCAGCUAAGGAACUUCCUGUGAAAGCUACAGUGGUCCCUGGCCCACUGUCCGAGCAAGACGACGAGUUUCUCGCUCGGAUACAGAAUUUCGCGAUUGAGAAGGAGGAACUGACAUCGGAGGUCAUGAAGGAGAUUAUAGAUAAAGCAACGGAAUGUAUCUUCGGUGACAACAAGUCUACCGAAAAAUUGACACUUAGCGAUGCGACCCUUCGAAUCGAGCGCUCUGGCCCCGAUGAAAUGCACUGGACUAUUGUUGACCUUCCCGGUUUGAUACGCGGAAAGAAAUCGGGGAAAGGCGGAGAUGCAUUAAAUGACGCCGGUAAGGCAUUAAACGACGAAUCGCAUGUCUGGAAUAACGUGGCAGUUGCGGAGGAGCUGGCUCGUACUUACUUAAGUAACGAACGAAAUAUCAUUCUGGUGGUCGUCGACAAUGUGGACGUGGAGCGGCAUAAGACCUUUGAGUUGAUAGAAGAGAUACCGAGUCUGCAGACCCGAUGCAUUGGGGUUCUCACAAAAUGCGAUCGGAAGCAAGAAGGAUCGGACCAUUGGAUGAUCAAACUGCUUCAAAACGACCUGGCCACUGUUCCGCACUUGGACCAUGGUUGGUUUGGACUACGCAACAGAUUGCCUACUGAACCUAGUUCCUCUGAUGUAGAGCGCGACGAUAUGGAGCUUAAAGAAUUUGCUAAGCCAGCUUGGGAAGGUGUAUCGAAAGAUAGGACUGGAAUACGAUCGUUGAUGAGCUACAUCGACAAGGAGCGACGGGCUCAAAUCCAGAAGGAGAUUCCUCAAAUUAUUACAGAGAUCACCCAAAAUCUCCGUGAAUGCGAAGCCACCCUGAAAAGAAUGGGGGAGUCUAGGACUACUGCGCGAGCUCAGCGAUAUUACGUCCUCCAGUUCUGCAAUGAGAUGCAGAAGAUGGCCGAGGGAACCUUAAGAGGUCAGCAUCAAGACAUACCUUCAACAGAUGCAAAAGCCAUGCUGCGUUACAAAAUCCGACUUCGACUGGAUCAAUUCCGUGACGAUAUGUGCAAGAGCGAAAAUAUCGCCAUCAGGUUUACCAACUACCGAGAAGACCUGGAGUGGCUCAGAUCUCAAAGCUCCGACCCCAGGGUAUGGGAGGAGCAUGUGACCAACGGCCAGGGGCUCUACGCAGCAAUCGCUCAGGAGGCCAAGAUAUGCGAAGGAAGAAGCCUUCCGGGGAGCGUUCAUCCAGACGUAGAAGAGAAGCUUUUCCGAAAGCUAUCAGCACACUGGGAAGGUAUUGCCCGUGAGUUUGUCGAGGACGUCAAGGUCAUGGUUACAGAUUGCUACAACAUUCUGUUGAAAAUUGCAAUACCGAACGGUAAAGUGCGUUUGGAAGUGGGUCGUAUUGUUGGGAAAACGCUUGAAGAAUGGAACAAAGAUGCAGACAACGCACUCCGGGAAUUAGUUGAGGAUAACCAGGCUCGUCCAUUGAUUACUCGCAAUCCAUCCCUACUGUCCUUUACGAGCUUGACAGAUCAAAUCUUGCUUGGUCAUUCCUCCAACAACAAAACAACGAAUGGUAAGACCAAUGGCACUCUGGAUGGUGAAGAUGCAAGCCCGUACUUUAUACCUACAUCCUUGAACCAGAUUCUUUCCGCCCGAGCCAGGCUGGAUGGAUACUAUGAUAUUGCUCUAUGGCGCUUUAUCGACAAUGUCGCAAUGCAGGUUAUGGAGAGACAUGUGCUGGGUCCGAAAUGUCCAAUGCGCAUUGUCUCCGCCGACAGGUUUGCGCAGCUUGAUGAUACAGAGCUGAACACGGUUGCCGGCGAAGACGAAGCUGAUACUCGUAUGCGUGCAAGACUGGAGAGGACGCGAUCUCGCUAUCAGAAAGCACUUGAGCGAUGGGAAAGACUGAGGGUUCUCUGAUUCACGGAGGGUCAAUACGUGCUACCGUAUAAAACCGUCACCUAUCAUCUGGGGUAUGAUGUAUGUGCGCACAUGUAUACGUUCGAAAUAUUUUAAUUAGACAAUAGUGUCUCUGGUAUUCUAAUUGCUUGAUGAAGUAUUUCAGUUGGGAACUAGAAAGGUAAUCCGAGGCUUCUCACCUAGAAAGUCUCGUUUUGGAUAUGUUUUCGUUUGUAAAUUUAUGUAUUCGGCGCCUGCUGGUAUUUG